UCUACUUCAGCAAGUACAACCCCACCAAGUACGGUUUCCACUGCUCCAACAACAACCAUUAUAACUGAACUGUCAACAACCACACCAACCACUGGUGUAACAACACCCACUUCAGCUACUGCUCCAGCAAGUACAACCUCUUCAACAAGUACUGUUUUAAAAGCCUCAACAGCUAUUACAACUGAACCUUCAACCACAACAACCACUGGGGUAACAGCAUCCACUUCAGCUUCUACUUCAGCAAGUACAACCUCUCUAACAAGUACGGUUUCAACUACUCCAUCAACAACCAUUACAACUGAACCUUCAAUAACAACAUCAACCACUGAGGUAACAACACCCAAUUCAGCUACCACUUCAGCAAGUACAACCUUUCCAACAAGUACUGAUUCAACUGCCCCAACAACCAUUACAACUGAACCUUCAACAACAACAACAACAACAACAUCAACCACUGGGGUAACAACACCCACUUCAUCUACUACUUCAGCAAGUACAACCCCACCAAGAAGUACUGUUUUGACUACUCCUACAACAACCAUUACAACUGAACCUUCAACAACCACAUCAACCACAAGGGUAACAACACCCACUUCAGCUACUACUUCAGCAAGUACAGCCUCUCCAAGUACUGUUUUAACUGCCCCAACAACCAUUACAACUGAACCUUCAAUAACAUCAUCAACAACUGAGAUAACAACAUCCACUUCAGCUACUACUUCGGCAAGUACAACCCCACCAACAAGUACUGUUUCAACUAAUGCAAUAGCAACUUUUAGUACUCAACCUUCAUCCACUACAUCAACCACUGAGGUAACAACAUCCACAUCAACUGCUUCUUCAGCAAGUACAUUAACACCAACAAGCUCAGGUUCAACUGCCUCAGCAACAACCAUUACAAGUGAACCCCUAACAACCAUAUCAACCACUGGAGUAACAACACCCACUUCAACUACUACUUCAGAAAGUACAACCUUUCCAACCAGUACUGGUUUAACUUCUCCAACAACGAUUACAACUGAACCUUCUACAACCACUUCAACCACUGGCUUACCAACAUCAACUUUAGCUACUUUUUCAGCAAGUACAACCUCCCCAACAAGUACAGGUUCAACUUCUACAACAACAACCAUAACAACUGAACCUUCAACAACUAUAUCAGCCAAUGGGGUAACAACAUCAACUUUGGCUACUUCUUCAGCAACUACAUCAACACCAGCAAGCACUGGUUCAACUGCCUCAACAGCCAUUACAACUGAACCUUCUUCAACCAUUUCAACCAUGGGGGUAACAACAUCCAUUUCAGCUACCUCUUCAGCAACUAAAUCAACACCAGUAAGCACUGGUUCCACUGCCUCAACAACCAUUACAACUGAACCUUCUAUAACCACUUUAACCACUGGCUUAACAACAUCAACUUUAGCUACUUCUUCAGCAAGUACAACCUCCCCAACAAGUCCAGGUUCAACUUCAACCAUAACAACCAUAACAACUGAACCUUCAACAACCAUAUCGGCCACUGGGGUAACAACCUCCACUUCAGCUACUUCUUUGGCAACUACAUCAAUACCAGCAAGCACUGGUUCAACUGCCUCAACAACCAUUACAACUGAACCUUCUACAACCACUUCAACCACAGGGGUAAAAACAUCCACUUCAGCUACUGCUUCAGCAAGUACAACCUCUCCAUCAAGUACUAUUUCAACAAUUGCCACAACCUCACCUUCAACCACUUUAGUAAUGUCACCCACUGUGGCUCCUUCUUUAGUAAGUGCAUCUACCUCAACAAGUACUUUAACUUCUUCAACAGUAACUACUCAGACUACAACCACUUCAUCAACCCCUUCAACUGCUUCAACAGCAGAUACUACUUCACAUUCAACCUCUUCGUCCGUUACUGGGGUAACAUCCACUUCAUCAAAUUCCCCAGGAAGUACAACCAUCCAAACAAGUACUGGUUCAAUAGCUUCAACAAUAACCAUUAUUAAUCCCCCUUCAGCAUCUAUAUCAAACACUGAGAUAACAUCAACAACUUCAGCUAUUUCUUCAGCAAGUACGACCUCCCCAACAAGUACUGUUUCCACUACUCCAUCAAUUGUAACUAUUAUACCUUUGACUACUACACCAAACACUGAGAUAAAAACACCCACUUCAGCUUCUUCUUUGGCAAGUACUGCAACACCAACAAGUGCUGGUUCAACAGCUUUAAUAACAGCCAAUACUACUCAACCAUUGAGUACAAUGUCAACCACUGUGGUAACAACAUUUACAUCAGCUAGCUCUUCAGCAAGUACAACCACACCAUCAAGCAAUUCAACUUCUUCAACAACCCUUACUACUUCAUCAGUUACACCUGGUACUACCAUCAGUUCCUCCUCUUCAUCAAACAAUAUUAGCAACAUUGGAACCACUGCGAAUUCUAUGGGUAAUACAAACAGUACUAAUACUGUAACCAUAGCUGUAGGUACUGGUACUACUACAAGUAGCAGUACUUCUGUAGGAUCUGCUUCAACUGGGACCACAAUAGGUAGUACUGGUUUGUCUGGGUCUACUCUUGUUAGUACUAAUACUACUGCAAUCACAGUCUCCACAUUCAGUGUGAGUACUAUUUCUAACUCAACCGGUUCCACAGUUAAUCCAAACAUUGUUGGUACAGCUUCAUCAGGAUCCAGUACAGCUUCCAGUACUUCUAACACAUCAGGACUAAGUACUACAAGCAUUUCUACUUCUUCACCUGCUUCCACAAUAAAUAGCAAUGCCACAACUAUAUCCAGUGCUUCCACAACUACUACUGGAAGCUCUUCUACAGAUAAAGCCCUUACGGAAUCCACUGUAUCAAUCUCUGGGUCAACUAACACUAAUAAUCCGUCUUCUGCAACAUCAGGAUCAACCGCAUCAAGCUCAAAUGGGAAUAAUUCUACAGCUUCAGGCUCUAAUGUAGGAUCCAGCACAGUCACAAGCUCUUCUACAACAGUCACAUCUUCCAAUGUCUACACAUCAAUCCUAAGCACCAUCACCUCCACCCAAACAACCUCGGACCAAUUUGCUAUGCCAUACUGGGGAAUUCUCCUUCUUGGGCUGAUUGCUGUAUUGGGUGUGGCCCUUCUUGCAGGUCUAUUAUGUGGGAUAUUAGCGUGUUUCCGCUCUUCGGCGUAUGCUGUAUCCAGUUAUCCCAGUUAUUUUACUCAUUACGGUUGGCUUAACACUGCAAGGCCAUCCUUGGCGACAGAUGCAGAAAGGGGACUAGAAAUGACCAAUCAUGGAAGAAGACCAUCAAAGGUUGACCGUAACCAACAAGUUCGCCAAUCCCAGAGACCUCAGCAUCAGAAGUAACAAGCAUGGACCCUGACAGUUCUGAUGGACAACACUUUUUUUUGCACUUUUUUGUAUACUAUAACAGUAUUUUAUUUAUAAAGAAGGUUUCUGGCCUAAUUGAAUCUUCGCACUGAUCAGCGGGGCACAUCUGAGGAUCAGCUGUUUGGUGCCCACUCUACACAUUAAAUGGGGCAAUUUUGAAUUGGCCAAACAACUUCAGGACCCAUUAACUGAGUAGUGAGGGGUCCAAAACCAAUGCCUUAGCUUGUAGACAAAAUUGUCUCAGUUUUUGGAAUAUAACGUGAUCCUAUUGACUCCAUCCUUUAUUAUGUAGACAUGCAAAUUAAUUAUCUAUUAGACUAUGGGAAACACUUAUGAUUGUGUAUUCUCUCUUCAUACCUUGCACUUUAUUUAUUAUUUGCUUUCUUAUAUAGUAUUCUAACAAUACAUACCUAUGCCUACUUAUUUAUAGCAUAAAGUGUUUUGUACAUUUUUGCACCUAUUUUAAAGGCUUCUAGUUCACCUUUUAUUAUUUCUGUGUUCUGGGUGAAGAGGGUAACAGUCGCACCUGGGCCCAUGUUAGCAAGUGGGGGGCUGCAUUUGUAUUGCACUUCUGCUUGUUACUGUUAUUUUAUAAGCAUAUCUGCACUAAGAAUUAUAAGUUUAGAACAGUGUUUACGCUUUUAUAGCAGCGAUAGGGGCUUGUAUUCUGUAGCGUUCUUGACAGCUUUUCUGUAUAGGUUGGGCUAUGAUGAACAGAGCCAUCUCAUUUUGUGCAGCUGGACAAACACUCUAUACACUGUAGACCAUUGUAUUCCAACCUGUGUGUCUCCAGCUGUUUUAAAAGUACUAGUCCCAGCAUGUCCAGACAAUCUUCAUCUGUCCGGGCAUGCUGGGAGCUUUAGGUUUGCAACAGCUGGAGGCACCCUGGUUGGGAAACACUGGUUUAGAAUCGCACUUAUGGAUUUUGCUUAAUAAAACGUCUGCUAUGAUUGUACAUUUGUACAUAUAGUAAAUUGUAAUAUUUUAUAUUUAUUAAAUUUGCUGUUUAAUAUUAUAUUUGAUAUGCAAAAAUAUACUGUGUCAUCUUAAGCUUACUGCUGUAGUUUUUGUUAAUUUUUACUUGAAUUAAAGUUAAAUAAAUUAUUCAU